AUGCCUGAUGAGACAUGUGUUGUAGAUGGGGACGUGGCGGGAGAUGCCACGUGUGUUGGAGCUGCUGGUUCAAGUUGUGUUGUGGAUGGCAAUACGGCUGGAGGCUCCAGUUGUGUUGUGGCCUCCUUCGCCACUCCUGUUGUGUCUGGUGACGCGGCUGGUGCAACCACUUGUGGAGCAGCUGGUCGUUCAAGUGGUACUGUGGAUGGUGACGCGGGUGGAGACGCCUCUUCUCUUGUGGCUUCUGCUGGCUCUCCUCCUGUGUCCGGCAACGUGGCUGGCGAUACCUGCAGCGUUGCAGUGGGCGGCGUGGCUGGUGACGCCGCUGUUGUAGCUAAUGCUGGCUCCUCUGGCAGCAGGACUGGUGACAGAACGCGUGUUGUGUCUGGGAGCGGGACUGGUGGCACAGUGUGUGCUGAAUCGGGCAGCAGGACUGGUGGUACAGUGUGUGCUGAAUCGGGCAGCAGGACUGGUGACACAGCGUGUGCUAAAUCGGGCAGCAGGACUGGUGGCACAGUGUGUGCUGAAUCCGGCAGCAGGACUGGUGGUACAGCGUGUGCUGAAUCGGGCAGCAGGACUGGUGACACAGCGUGUGCUGAAUCGGGCAGCAGGACUGGUGGCACAGUGUGUGCUGAAUCGGGCAGCAGGACUGGUGACACAGCGUGUGCUGAAUCCGGCAGCAGGACUGGUGGCACAGUGAGUGCUGAAUCGGGCAGCAGGACUGGUGACACAGCGUGUGCUGAAUCCGGCAGCGGGACUGGUGAUACUGCGUGUGCUGUAUCUGGCAACAGGACUGGUGCCUUGAUGGGUGUUGUAUCUGGCAACAGGACUGGUUACUUGAUGGGUGUUGUAUAUGGCAACAGGGCUGGUGACAGGAUGCAUGCUGUAGCAGGUGCCGACGUCACUUGUGUCAUGCCUGAUGAGACAUGUGUUGUAGAUGGGGACGUGGCGGGAGAUGCCACGUGUGUUGCAGCUGCUGGUUCAAGUUGUGUUGUGGAUGGCAAUACGGCUGGAGACUCCAGUUGUGUUGUGGCCUCCUUGGCCACUCCUGUUGUGGCUGGUGACGCGGCUGGUGCAACCACUUGUGGAGCAGCUGGUCGUUCAAGUGGUACUGUGGAUGGUGACGCGGGUGGAGACGCCUCUUCUCUUGUGGCUUCUGCUGGCUCUCCUCCUGUGUCCGGCAACGUGGCUGCCGAUACCUGCAGCGUUGCAGUGGGCGACGUGGCUGGUCACGCCGCUGUUGUAGCUAAUGCUGGCUCCUGUGAGAAAAAGAUAUAA